CACUUCUAUACAUAUUGACUUGGCCGCUCUUAAGAAAAAGAUCCCACAACAACCCCCACAUCAUCCACCUGCAACUACUACUUCCUCAGAUUAUCUGUAAAUUACACAGUUAGUUGAAACUUUUGAUUUUUUGUAGACACAAUAAAAUAAAAAACACCCACAAACAAACAUUCCGUUAUUAGUCUUUGACAACCCUUUUCCAACUUGUAUUUGGGUCCCAUUUUUUUAAUCAAUCGAACUAAAUUUCCUACAAAUAUGGUCAAUUUUCUGUCUCUUUACUGGUCAAUCUUUGCUAAAUUGCUAAUUUGAAGAUUUUAGGGUAUUAGGGUUUCUGGGUAGUGAUUAAUUAAGGUUUAAUUGUAGUAGAUCCUUAGAUUAUGUUGAGAUAUGAGGCUAUUUAGGUUAGAUAAAAGAUGGGUUGUGUUUUUGGGAAAGAGUUAGCUCCUGAAAGUAGAGAGAGAAGUGGUGUGAGUAGAGAGAUAGAUAGUUUAGGGACACAAUCUAGUAGGAAGGUUGAUUUGCCUGUUGGAGAUGUUGUUACUAGUUGGGAUGCAGGAAAAGAUGGUGAAAGUGGUUCUGUUGAGUUGAAUGAUGGUGAGAAGGAGGAAGAGAAGAAGGGGGAUGAGGAUGGGGAGGAAAAGAAGGAGGAGGAAGGGAAUGAUAAGAGUGAAAAGCCAAGAGGUGAAAGACGGCGAUCGAAACCGAACCCUAGGUUAAGUAAUCCUUUAAAGAGUGUACAUGGUGAGCAGGUUGCUGCUGGAUGGCCUUCUUGGCUUUCUGCUGUUGCUGGUGAAGCUAUCAAUGGUUGGAUUCCAAGACGAGCCGAUACAUUUGAAAAGAUUGAUAAGAUUGGGCAAGGAACUUACAGUAAUGUAUAUAAAGCCAGAGAUUUGAAAACAGGAAAGGUUGUUGCACUUAAAAAGGUUCGGUUUGAUAACUUGGAACCUGAGAGUGUUAAGUUCAUGGCUAGAGAGAUUUUGAUUCUACGAAGAUUGGAUCAUCCCAAUGUUGUGAAACUCGAGGGGUUGGUUACUUCGAGGAUGUCCUGUAGUUUGUAUUUGGUGUUCGAGUAUAUGGAACAUGAUUUAGCUGGACUAGCUGCUAGUCCAGAUAUUAAGUUUACCGAGCCACAGGUAAAGUGUUACAUGCACCAACUCAUCUCCGGAUUAGAACAUUGUCAUAGUCGUGGUGUUCUUCACCGUGAUAUUAAGGGAUCAAAUCUUCUUCUUGACAAUGGGGGAAUACUUAAGAUAGCUGAUUUUGGAUUGGCUACGUUUUUUGAUCCAAACAAGAAACAUCUCAUGACCAGUCGUGUUGUCACUCUGUGGUAUAGAGCCCCGGAACUCCUCCUUGGGGCUACCGAUUAUGGUGUGGGCAUUGAUCUGUGGAGUGCUGGCUGCAUUUUGGCUGAAUUAUUGGCCGGAAGACCUAUCAUGCCCGGUCGUACGGAGGUCGAGCAAUUACAUAAAAUAUAUAAAUUAUGUGGCUCCCCUACUGAUGAGUACUGGAAGAAAUCAAAGUUACCAAAUGCAACAAUAUUCAAGCCUCGCGAUCCUUACAAAAGAUGCAUACGAGAGACUUAUAAAGACUUCUCACCCUCAGCUUUGUCUUUGAUUGAUACCCUUCUCGCGAUCGAUCCAACUGAAAGGAAGACGGCAACUGAUGCUUUAAAUAGUGAUUUCUUUAGUACGGAACCUCUUGCUUGUGAUCCAUCAACUCUUCCAAAGUAUCCACCAAGCAAGGAGAUGGAUGCUAAACGGCGUGAUGAUGAGGCACGAAGAUUAAGAGCUGCUAACAAGGCACAAGGUGAUGCGGGAAGAAAACCUCGACAACGUGACCGUCCCCGGGCAAUGCCAGCCCCCGAAGCUAAUGCCGAACUCCAAGCUAAUCUUGAUCGACGGCGUAUAAUUACUCAUGCAAACGCAAAGAGUAAGAGUGAAAAGUUUCCUCCACCUCAUCAGGACGGAGGGCUGGGCUACCCUUUGGGUGCUUCGCAGCACAUCGAUACGUCAAACAUCCCACCCGAUAUUCCUUACAGCUCUACGUCGUUUACCUACUCAAAAGGAGGAGCCCAACUUUGGUCCGGUCCAUUAGUAGAUCCUGCUUCUGCUGGGGGUCCUAGGCGGAAGAAGAAAAACGCUGUUGAAGGCACAGGCCGAAGAGAUAUCAGUAGUUCUCAAGCUCGAGGAAAAUGAAGUUAGGAUAGUGAGAACAUAUUCAGCCGUAGUUACAGAAGCAGCUUACGCUGAUUGAGGUUAUCGGAUGCAAACAUAUAUGAUUAGCCGGGUAUGGUAGGCAAUAAUAGUAUGGGGUUCAUUAGUGUAUAUUUUUGAGCUUUGAUAUACAGAUUUUAAUUCUUUUAAGUGAAUUCCCUCAUCCUGGUAUGGUAGGCAAUAAUAGUAUUGGAGCAAUUGUAAUGAACUUGCACCAUGCUAAUUUUCAAGGUAGUGAUAUAUACCCUCAUAUUCCCCAUAUGUUCAUUUUCUUUUUUAAUUUUUAUUCUCUUACUCCUGAUUGUUGAUAGCUGAUCGUAGGUCCCACCUACUUAAUCUCAUUUGAU